UUAGCCACUGGUAAUCAUGUUUUGAUUUGAAUCAAAAGCAUUGAAAGGGAUUUGAUGAUUAGACAUUGAAGGUGGAUUUAAUGUGUUGUUAGUCUACUGCACAUAGAUCUCACUUUGAAUUCGGUCCAACGUGGCCUGUUAAAUUAAUUUGACACCCCUGUUCUAGAAGAUGGUCAAAAAUGUUCUGAUUCCACCUUCCAUCUGUCCACUGGUUCCAGUUCCAGAAGGUAUGUAUGGAAUUGUAUGUAAAUUUGUAGAAAGGUUUAUGGAUGUGUCCUGUGGAGAUUUCAGACUUUCCCUGUGUUUGUGUCAGUUUUUUCGAAGGUCCUGUAGUUUCCUCACACAGUCCUAAGAAAUACUUAGGCUAGCUGGCAUCUCUAAGUGAUGCACUGUGUGUAACUCUAUAGGAAUCUGUGUGUGGACUGGGAUCGCUGCCUCGUGUCUUGUGUUGCCUGCAUAGUCUCCUGGCCCAACCCAAUGCCAAAUAAGCAGUUGGAGGAUGGAUUGACAAACACUAUUUUCUUACAAGGGAUUUAAGCUAAUGAAGCGAAGCAUUUUCACAUGCUCCGUCACACAAAAGCAUUGUAGUGUAAGACUGAUUCUAUCCAAAAAUAUUUGGUUGGUUGAUUAGUUGGUGCAUCACGGUUUCCAUUAUAGCAGCCCAAAGAGAACAGAAGGGCAACAGGAUUAAUGUUUAUGUAAAUGACGUAAGCUUGCCUGGGGAGUGUGUAACUUUUAGUAAAGCACCACUUCACUAUGCCUAAAGCACCUGGUAACUGCUACCAAAUAUAAUCAGCCUAUAAAUAGGCUCCAGUGUUGCUCUGAUCUAAUGGGAUGAGAGAAACAGACAAGGCAUUUUCGGUGGGGUGGGGGCUGUUAACGGGGAGAGUGAGGGUUCACCGCCCUUAGUGGACAGUGUUAGUCGUCCUUCACCCUGAUUCAGCAAAUUCAAAUACAAACACAGUUAUGGGGAAUUGGACCUGGAGAAUGUGUUACCCGCAGAAGAAGACAUCUAAAUCGAUCAGGAACAUUGUUGUGGAAAGCAGGAAGAAGAAUUUGCUUCAUGUAGAUUUGUGUGAUGGAAACAUAUAUGAUUUAUGGCACGUACCGGGACUUUUCAACUUGUCGCAUAUAACCCAACUUGCACUCAGCCACAACAAACUGACAGACCUUCCCCCUUGCAUUGUUGAUCUGAGGAACCUGGAGGUGCUGAAUGUCUUCAACAAUUAUAUUGAGGAAUUGCCCAGCCAGAUCUGCAGUUUGAAAAAGCUGAGGCAUCUCAACCUGGGCAUGAACAGGAUGAGUGCCUUACCACAGGGCUUCGGCCCUCUGCCUUCACUGGAGAUCCUGGAUCUCUCCUACAACAACCUGAGCGAAGCUUCCCUACCUUCCAGCUUCUUCUACAUCGUCACCCUUCGGGCACUGUACCUCAGUGAGAACAACUUCAAGGUCCUGCCUCCAGAUAUUGGCAAGCUCAACAGGCUACAGAUACUCUGUCUGAGGGACAAUGACCUCAUCUCCCUGCCCAAGGAAGUAGGAGAUCUGGCCCAGCUGAAGGAGCUACACAUCCAAGGGAACUGGCUCAGCAUUCUCCCUCCUCAGUUAGGUAACCUGGAUCUGACAGGCCCUAAGCAUGUGUUCAAGGCAGAGAACAACCCCUGGGUGAUUCCCAUUGCCAGCCAGCUGGAGAUGGGCACAUCCAGCGUCUUUGAAUACAUCCGCUCUGAGACUUACAAGUAG